AUGACGGAGAGGAUGGGGAUAACGUGGGUUACGGAAAUGACGUGGAUUACGAAUAUCCCGGAAAUGAUGGGAGGGAGGGAGGUGCGCGUGAGGAAGAAGACGACGAGGAGGACGUUCCUUGGGAGUUCCGCGAACCGUGACUGUUCCGCCCACUCGUCGCCCGUGCCGCUGCAGCAGCGCCGGCGAAGCCAUUCCGAAGUGCCGCCGCUGCUGGUAACCGUACCGAAAGCUUCGCUAGAGAGAUUCGCGCUGUCGAACAAGAAAGGCUCCCCGGCGCUUCCGCCAUCGCUCCGCCAAGGCGUAUCCUCUUCCCCCAGUCCUAGCGACCGCCAGCAAAAAGCCUUCCCCCCGCGCUCUCCGCGCAGUAAUCUUUCCGCGCAGGCACUCCGCACUUCCUCGCUCUCCCCCGAUUCCCCGGCCAUAUCCCCGCGUUCCUCCUCCGCUGCGCCGUCCGCUGCGCUAUCUGCUGCGCUCGCGGCGUCCGGAAAGGCGGAAAAUUCUCGAGAUGAUUUAGAUUCUUCGGACGAGGAGUUUCUAGCCACUUACUGCCACAUCACUGGUUCCCCCACUCCCCCCGACCGCAGCCCUGUUGCGGAUUCCCCCGUAACCUCCCCCCCUUCCGCGGCUACCGCGGGUUCCGCCUUCCGCGGGCCCGUCGUCCGCGUGCUGCAGAAGAGCGCGAGCUAUCUGGAGGAGCGGGGGAAGCAGCGUCAAGCGCCGGUGCGCGCGCAAGCGGGGAGGGCGCAGGCGCUGGCAAAGUCGCAAGAAGCGUUGUUGCGCAAGGGCGGAGCGAGCGGGGGAGCGAGCGGCACAAGAGACGCGCAUGCGCGGGUAAGGGCGCAGGAAGCGGCGGACGUUCCGCAGCGGUCCUACACGGCACCAUCGGCGGGGGGGAAGCCGGCGCCUUUUGCGGCGCCUUUUGCGGCGGUUAUUGCGCAUCAGAACCUGGAGCAGCAGAAACUUCACCUGAAGAAACAGUUGCAGCAAGCGCAUCAGCUAAGGACUGCAAUAGGCGGCGGAUUUAGCGGUAGCAGCGGAGGAAGCAGUAGCGGAUGCAGCGGCAGUGGGCUUAGUGGGUCGGAGCUUGCGCGGGGAUUAGGGCACGAGUUUGGCGGCAAACAAGCUGGAAGCGCCGCCGCCGCGCACGGGGCGCGCGGAACAGGGGGAAAUGGGGGAGCCUCCUCCGCGGGACCUCAGGCGCAACCCGCGAACGCUGCGCAAGGCAGAUCUAGAGGCAUAGGGGGACACGCGGACACCCCGGCAGGCGGAGCGGUAUCCGCGGGCGCGCGGAAGCUGUUCGGGUUGGGGUCGCAGUCUCACCGGAUACUUUCGCACGCCGCCACUACUGGAGGAGCUCCCCGCGCGCUUGUCCGCGGGCGUUCGUGGGCGUCGCUGGAGUUUCAGCGCGCGCAAGAUCCGCCGCUGCACGCGCCGCAGCAGGCGGAGCUAGCCCCGUGCGCUAAAGGCCUUCCCACUAUCGAGAGCAGCGGCAGCGGCAGCGGGAAGGAGCACGCGGGGAGGCGCGCGGGGGCAACGGCGCAGGAAGGUGCGGAGGCGGCGCAACUGAGCGCGGUCAGGCGCUCCGCUUCCGCUCGCUACCAGCCCGCGUCGCGGCUGACCGUUGACUUCAGCGCAGCUGCUUCCGCGGGGCUGACUGGCGGAGAGAAGGGCGCAGGGGGCGGGGGGUGCGGGGAGGGGAAAUCGCUGGGGCGCUCCGCGUCAGACAAGGCGAUGGGGGGAGGGGAGCAGGCGCGGAUGAUAGGCCUACCGUCAAUCUCUGGGGCGAUUUCCGGGAUUUCAGGGGCGUCAAUUUCCGGGGCGAUUUCUGGGGCGUCAAUCUCUGGGGCGGUUUUAGGGGCGGCCGCAGCUGUGGGGGGGGGUACAUCUACAGGACUAGUAGAUCUGUUUGCCGCUGCUUAUAACAGGGGUGCUUGUGACGAGGAUGAGGAUGAUGAGGAUCUAUUUGACAUUCUUGCUGCUAUGAGGAGCAUGCAGACUAGCCCUCACUCUCCUAGCCCACUUUCCCCCCUCAACCCCUGCCCCCCCCGCUCCCCAGUCCCCCUCUCCCCUUCCCCCGCCAACUCACCCCACGGCGCCCCCCACCACCAAUAUUCCCGCGACCCUUCCCCCGCUCCCCGCGCUCCCCCCGUUCCUCGCCCUUCCUCUCCCCCUCCCCCUCCCCUUCUCCGCUCCCCCUCACCCGCCUCCCGCUCCCCAUCGCCCCCUUCUCGCAACACACCUCAACCAAACCACCCGUCCUCCCUCUCCCUGUCUCACCCCAACAUCACUCCCGCACGACCCGCCUCCCAGCUCUACUCAUCCGCCCCUGGCCCUUCUUGCGAAUCCCCCCCUCGCUCUCCCCCUCUCUCCCCCCUCGGAUCCUCCUCUGCCUCCUCCCCUCGCUCCCCGCCUCUCACGCCGCCACGUGGUAACCACCGGCGCUCGCUGCACAUCCCGUCCCGCUCCAUGCCAUCAGCUCUGGCUCGGUCGAACCGCCGCCAUUCCGCUCGACGCGCACCGUCCGCCAUGGCUCGUCAGGAGCAACCCGGGGACCGCGGGAGCGACGAGGCCGAGAGGCUGCAUCCAGACCGUCCGUUCGAAGCCAAUCACAUGAACGGUCAAGCUAACCACGCGGAGAGUCACGAAGGCAGUCGAAUGCUAAACGGAGACUCCCACGUCGUGGUUGACGUUGACGGUAGCGUUAACGGUAUCGGAGUGUCGACCAAUGGAGCAGGGAAGCACUCCACGAGGUGCAAGCUGCCAAGGCGGGCUCCUGGGACCCGCGCCACUGCUGCCUCCCCACGCUUCCCCGCCUCACAGCUUCCCCGCUCCCCUUUUCCCCCACUCCCCUCCUCACCCCCGCCCCACCCCCAGUUUAAGGACGUGCGCUACAAGGUGCAGACAGCCAAGGCGCGCUCCUGGGACCCGCGCCACUCCUACCUCCCCACACAUCUUCCCCUUUUACCCCUCCUUUCUCCCCCUCCACACCCCCCAGUUCAAGGACGUGCGUUACAAGGUGCAAACCGCCAAGGCGGGAUCCUGGGAUCUGCGCCACUACUGCCUCCCCACACUUCUUCCCCUUUUUCUCCUCCUUCACCCCCCCGCCCCCCCCCCCCUCCCCAGUUCAAGGACGUGCGCUACAAGGUUCAAACUGCUAAGGCGGGCUCCUGGGACCCGCGCCACUCCUGCCUCCCCACGCUCCCCGCCCUCCCCGCGCUCCUCACCUCCAAGCGCGGGGGAGCCGCGGGCGGGGGAGGCGCAGGGGGAGGCGCGGAAGCGGGCGCGGGGGGGAAAGCGGGCGCGGAGGUGCGGGAGAAGGAGAUUCUGCACGGGAUAAGCGGGAGCGUGGCGCCGGGGGAGGUGCUGGCGAUGAUGGGGCCGUCAGGGGGCGGCAAGACCACGUUUCUGAACGUGCUGGGGGGCCGGUUCAAGCAGGGCAACAUGGCGGGGACCUUGACUUAUAACGAUUUGCCUUAUAGCAAGGCGCUCAAGAGAAAGCUUGGCUUCGUGACUCAGGACGAUAUAUUCUUCCCGCACCUGACAGUCAGGGAGACGCUGAUGUAUGCCGCUGUGCUGCGCUUGCCGAAAGAGCUGAGCUGGGCGGAGAAGGUGCAGCGCGCCGAUGAGACCAUCACAGAGCUGGGCCUUGAUAAGUGUCGCAACACAGUGAUAGGAGGGCCAUUCCUGCGUGGCAUAUCCGGAGGGGAGCGCAAGCGAGUGAGCAUCGGGCAUGAAAUCCUCAUCAACCCCUCCAUGCUCCUGCUCGAUGAACCCACCUCUGGCCUCGACUCAACCACCGCUCUCCGCAUCAUUCAAGUCAUUCAGAACCUCGCUAAAUCGGGCCGAACCGUUGUCACUACCAUCCACCAGCCGUCCUCGAGAUUGUUCCACGCGUUCGAUAAGCUGCUGCUCUUAUCGGAGGGCAACGCGAUUUUUUUCGGGCAGGCUGCGGACGCGAUGGGGUAUUUCGGACGGCUGGGGUUUGAGCCGCUGUUUGCGAUGAACCCGGCGGAUUUUCUGCUGGAUUUGGCGACGGGGACGACGGCGGAUGUGAGGCUGCCGAGUGUGUUUGGGGAGAGCGAGGGGUGGCAGGGGAAGAGCGUUCCGGAGCAACAACACGACGUGAAAGAGUUCGUGGCUCAAGCCCACAGGGAGCAGCAGCAGCCGCUGGUGCACGCUGAGCUGGCAGGGCUGCCCGCCAGCUCAGAUGCCGACCAGAAGAGCGUGCUGCAGCGCCGGGGGUGGACGGCGCCGUGGCUGCUGCAGUUCUCGGUGCUGUGGACACGUGGACUGAAGGAGAGAAGACAUGAAGUGCUGUCUCCUCUCAGGUUCUAUCAGGUGACAGCGCUGGGCUUCAUAUGCGGCAUGCUGUGGUUUGGGUCAGAGCGCAACACUGCCACGCAGAUUCAGGACCAGGUGGGCCUGCUAUUCUUCAUCUCCAUCUUCUGGGGCUUCUUCCCUCUCUUCGCAGCCAUUUUCACCUUCCCACAGGAACGUGCUAUUCUAGCAAAGGAACGUGCAAGCGACAUGUACCGUUUAUCGGCCUACUACCUCAGCCGGCAGUUGUCAGACCUCCCUAUGGAGUGGCUGCUCCCCACGCUCUUCCUCCUCAUCUCCUACUUCAUGGCUUCACUGAAGCUCACUGCGGGGGCGUUUUUUGGCCUCCUUUUCUCCACAUACCUCAUCGUCACCACGGCUCAGGGCUGCGGGCUAUGCCUGGGAGCAGCAGUGAUGGAUGUCAAAGUCGCAACGACCCUCGCCUCAGUGCUCCUGCUCACCUUCAUGCUGGCAGGGGGGUACUAUCUCCAAACCAUCCCCGCCUUCAUUUCCUGGAUUAAGUACAUCUCCUUCACCUACUACGCCUACCGCCUCAUUAUCAAGACACAAUUCUCCCCUUCCGAUACCUACCAAUGCGGCCCGUCGAGCGACCCCAGUUCGGUUAUCUGCCCGAUCUCGAACGCACCCUCGUUCCGGGGGUUCUCGCUGGGGGACGCGUGGGUGGAUGUGGUGGCUCUAUUAGUCCAGGUGGCGUUUUACCGCGGGCUGGGGUACUUUGCACUGAGAAGGAUGAAGACGAAUGUGUAG